AUGUACAGUGGAGAAGAGGAGGUUCAGCUUAAAGCAAUAGUUCACCAUGCUCAUACCCAAGCGGUUCCUCACCAGAUCCCUGUGACUGUGGCAAACUCUAGUGACGAUGUGACUCUGACAUGUCCAGUCUACGGGGAUAGAGCCGGGUUGUUUUAUUGGUAUCAGGUGAAAUGUGGAUAUAUGGUCCAAAUAGUCGCUGAAGGAACUUUUGCUAAAGUAACACUGAAAGAUCAAUUUGACAACUCAAGAUUCACAGUCAUAAGGAUGGGGACUCAGUAUCACCUUAACAUCACAAAUGUACAAAAAGAAGAUGAAGCAACAUAUUUCUGUCAGUCUGGAUCAGCAUACGCAAUGCAUUUUACUGAAGGCACAUAUUUGGCUGUGAAUGAUCAUAAUAAUCAGCAGAAAUCUGUCUAUGUGAAGCAAAGUCCAGAAACCGUGUCGACCCAGCUGGGCGGCUCAGUGACUCUCCAGUGUUCACUUCUCUCCAAGAGCCAAGAAAACAGAGUCCGGUGUCCAGGUGAACACAAUGUGCACUGGUUCAGAGCUGGAUCAGGAUACUCCCAUCCAAGUGUCCUUUACACUCACAAUGACAGCGGUGAUGAACAAGAGCAGAGAAGCUGUGUCUACAGUUUGUCCAAAACUGUACAGGACUCUGACAAUGGGACUUACUACUGUGCUGUGGUCACAUGUGGACAGAUCCUGUUUGGGGAAGGAACUAAAGUGGAGAUAAGACAAGUAGUGUGGCCAUUUGUGACUGUCCUUAUGACACUGCUGGUCUACUCUAUCAUUGUGACUGCUGCUCUAAUUCACUCCAUAAAGCCAAAGCAAGUUUGUGGACAUGACAAAGGAGAAGUAACGAUUUCCAAUCAUGUUGAACAUGACAGAUCUUCUGAGGAUCAAACAAGGAAUGUGGAUGAUGAACCAGGGGCAAUCAACUAUGUAGCCCUGAACUUCCCCUCCAGAAAACCUAAAAGAUGGAUGAAUAAUAGAGAGUUUCCUCAGGACAGUGUGUACUCUGGCAUGACUGAGCCGUCCCCAUGA